UUGGGGCGGGGGGCGGCUGACGGUAGCGGUGUUCGUAAAAGGCCAUGCUCUCGCAUUCUCCUCCUCCCGUGAGGGUGCUUGCCCUCGUCGCCAGGGAGAGAUAGAGACCAGGCAGGAGAAGAGUGGAAGCCGAAGGGCGAGCGAGGGAGCAACGGGCGGGGGCACCAUACAAUUUAGCCGCAUUGCUAUCCGACCACCCGGUGACUAACCCCCCUCUUCCUCCAUUUGAGAGGUGGGAGUUGUCUCCCUCAUUGAAUCCACCAGGCAGGCUACUAGUCAGCAGGUGGACGGCCGCUUGCCUCGUUCGCUCCUCGCGGGUGUGCGGUGUUGUUUACGUGCGUGAUUGAGUGUUAAAGUGAGGUCUUAUUGUGUGACAUGGAGAACGCCGACAAGCUAGCCAGGACAAGGCUGCUUUGCUAAGCCGAAGUGACCCUUGGAUGUCCGCCCCAGAGACCGGGACAGACGAGCACAAGCAAGCCGGCCGAGGUCGCUUGUGUUGUCUACGCGGAAGGUGUGUUGCCUAGCGUUGAAUCUCUUAAGAAGUGCUCUCCAAUAUGAAUACAGAUAGUGGCGGAUGUGCUCGCAAAAGUGUGGCUGUUACGCUCACGCUCUCGCCCAUGAAGAGGGUCCAGAGCUCACCCAAUCUGGCCUCAGGGAGUGAUCCUCACUCAUCAGACUUCAAUUCUUGGCGGUCUCGCAGUGCAACCGAUGGUCUUAAGAACAGCGACACAAUCAGCUCGUCACUGGCCGCCAAAGGCUUUCGCAGCGUCAGGCCCAACCUGCAGGACAGAAAGUCACAGGGCCCCGUCUCCCUUGACUCAACAGCACGUCACUCCCCCUUUCUCAGCCACAGCUCCGAAUCCCUCAACUACCUGUCGGGCCUAAUGUCCAAGGGGCUGUCACCCAGCCCGUAUGUCGCUACCGUCACCACAUCGCCCCCCGCCUCUCCCGUGACGGUCUCGGCUCUCAGCCACUACUCCUCCUCCACGGCGGGUCUGCUGGACGAAUUGCAGAUCUGUAGCCUGGACUCGCCCAGCGCCUCGCCCACGCCAUCGCCCACCCUCAGCCACGUCUCGGUCUUCACAGCCGCUGCUGCUGCUGGCCCCGACGACGCGCUAACAGCCGCUGCAACAGCCAGUGUCACUAACGGCCAGGUGCUCUCUCAUGCCAUGAAUGGGGGAACGGUGCAUGCACCGAGACCGCUUUCGCCACCAUCUUACCCGCCGCCACCCACCUCGCUUCGCACCGGACUCCUGAGGCAGAGCCAGAGCUCUGAAGUCAGCGAGGCAUACACCAGAGAGUCAGUGGUGUCGGGCAAUGCCAGCUUCAGAAGCACCGUGCCCAUUGCCAGCUUCUCCGAGGAGGAAACCAAAGUGUCCAUCAUCAAAGCCCCCCAUUAUGAAGGCAUCGGACCAGUGGACGAGUCGGGCAUUCCCAUUGCCAUCCGCACGACAGUGGAUCGGCCCAAGGACUGGUACAAGACCAUGUUCAAACAAAUCCACAAGGUCCACAAAGCGGAUGACGACUAUUCGGACACUUACAGUGCAACAUUUGCUAUCGUUAACAACGAUGAAUACAGCAUGCCACCAAGCGCCACCUUGGCCCACCCGCCCCCACGUACACAUACCUACAGGCCGCUCGCAAAGAGCCUGUCAGACAGCAGCGGGCAAAACCUGGCCGCCCGGAAUCCCUCUCCUUCGCCGUCACCCGUGCCUCCUCCCCCACCACCGCCGCCGCCCUCCCUGCUCCAGCUGAGGGCCAGAGACAGUGACCGUGACACACCAGAUAUGAAUGAAUGGGGUCCACCCGACAGGAAAGUGGACACAAGAAAGUACCGCGCUGAGCCAAGGAGUAUUUUUGAGUACGAGCCAGGGAAGUCCUCCAUUUUAGAGCAUGAAAGACCCACCUAUGAUGACGUAGAUUUAGAGAACGAGCCUUGGUAUAAGUUCUUUUCCGAGCUGGAGUUUGGCCGCCCGCCUCCUAAAAAACGGCUGGAUUAUAAUCCAGACAUCUCGGCUCGCCAGCGCAUCGAGGCAACCCUGCUGGUCGCUCCUGUCGACAAGCCCCCAGAGAGACUCGCGAGUGCUGCCAGCGACUACAGAAAGAGAAGGAAGUCAGAGCCUGCCGGUUCCCAGGCGAGCACUCUGUCAUACCCGAGCCGAGUGGCGGCGUCACCCAAAACACCAGACGCCAGCAGCACCCUCAAGAAGCCCGUCGUUCGCUCCUCACCGUCCUCGCCCUCACGCACCAAAGGUGGGGCCGCAUGCGUCAUGUAUUCAAACACUUUGACCUCUCCUGGUUCUUGCCGGCACUCCUCACUGCCCCCCGUGUCCCUCCAUUACCCGGAGGCGGCAAAGCGAGUCUCCUCUGAGGAGGCUCCACCGCCGCUACCGCCCAGCAGCAAGCUCAGGUCACGUAGCUGCGAUGACUUGCUGGGCGACAGUCCAAGCCGACGGCGCGCCUGCCGCUCAGAAAGCGCUGGCUCAUUGCUGUGCAACCGUUCAGACUCCAAUAGGUCUGGUGGUUCUGUGCCCCGCCUCCGCCGUCGGCUGCCGCACGACUCCCCGGGCUUCCUCAAGCUUUACCGCAAGAUGCAUCACAUCGACAGGGCCCACCUGAUACCGUCGGAGGUGAUCCGUUCGGUCCGCGCCCGCAUCCUGGAGCUGGAGCAGCAGCCCCAUCUGCACCUGCACCGGCUCUCCACUUGUGUGCCCUCUGGCGGCUUGGAAGUGCCGCGCGACACUGUGCCCAACCGCAUCUCCACGUACGAGAGUCUCAUUGAGAAGUCCAAAUCCAUGCCCAAUUUGGGGGACAGCGAGGUGGCAUCGGGCGCCACCACGCCAGGCGACUCUUCGUCACGAGCGAGCAGUGGCGGCGGCACCCCUAGUUUUCCAAAACGUCGUUUCUCAAUCGAGUCUUUACUGGAGGAGGGCGACAGAGGCAAUAGACCACCACCUCCCGCUACGGACCACUCACGUAAACCUCGUAGCCCGCCUGAGGGUCGGCCUCGCAUGGAGCCGGAGCCCAAUCAUGGGGCCUCGUAUCUGGCUCCUCCCGUCCCUCGGAUGCCGCAAGCUGACUACUCUGACAGCGAGCAGGAUGCCAUCGCCUCAGACCUCAGCGACUUUGUCCAAGUCGAGGGCUCUUCGUUUUGCAGUGAGAGCGACUUUGACCACUGCUCACUGACGUCCUCAGAGAGCUUUUACGGCUCUGCCACACUGCACCACCGCCUCCGCCAUCACCACCACCACCCUAGUCACCAGAGUGUCGGCCAGAGCCAGGGCUACCAGCACCGACACCUCAUUAGCUCUUGCAAGGGUCGUUGCCCGGCCUCUUACACCCGCUUCACCACCAUGCUUCGUCACGAGCGACAGCGGGCCCGCCAGGACCCUCAGAGACCUUCGGUGCUGAGUCGCAGUGGCCGUUCCCAGGUCCAGAACGAGUCCCAGCAGUCCAUGUCCAAGCUGGCCUACCUGGUCAGCCCAGUGCCUUUCCACAAGAAAAAGGGCAGCAGCGGUGGUGGCGGUCACACAAGCAGACCAAAAUCCAAGCAGGCUAUCUACGAAGCGCUGGACAAUGCCCUGAGAGACAUCUAUGAGCACAUCCAAGCCGAGCGGGGCCACAGGGGCGCCAGGACCCCCGACGACAGCAUCCUGAGGAGAAUACUCUCAGAGCUGCUGCCUAACGUGCCCGAAAGAAGCUCUUCGUUGCCAGGAAGGAGGGGGUGUUGGCACGAGGUCACCGCAGACGGUUACGCCUCGCAAGGGGGAGAUCCGCUCUCGCCACAAUUGCAGUCCCCCCGACUCCAGUCGCCAGUCAGUGCCUGUUACGGACGGCAUUUGGACACCACCAACUGUAAUGAUUACGGGGAGGAGCAUGGCAAUGGGAAUGGUGUUUUUUAUUCAGACCAGGAUGUGCCCAGGAGUUACUCCACCAUGGAUGGUCGCCACACGCCCCAGAAUCGAAGAGCCACUCCUGACAGAGAGGUGUCUCAUAAACAGAUGACACAACUUAUUCUCUUCUCUCUCCUCCAUCAGAAGCAGCCCGCCCGAGCCAUUUACGACUUUAAAGCGCAGACGGCUAAGGAGUUAACGUUCAAGAAAGGGGACGCGGUGAACAUAAUCAGGCAGCUCGACAGCAACUGGUACGAAGGCGAGCACCGAGGCCGGGUAGGGAUAUUCCCCAUAGCUUACGUCGAGAAGAUGGCGUCUUCGGAGAAGCAGCAGCCCAGCCGCCCGCCUCCGCCCGCCCACCUCAGAGAGAUUGGAGAGGCGGUGGCUCGCUACAACUUCAACGCCGACACAAACGUGGAGUUGUCUCUCCGAAAGGGCGAAAGGGUGAUCGUUAUGCGGCAGGUGGACCAGAACUGGUACGAGGGCAAGAUCCCAGACACGACCAAACAGGGCAUCUUUCCUGUGGCUUAUGUGGACCUGCUCAAGCGCUCGCCCGCCAAGACCUCUGCCCACCACCUCCACCACGUGGACCCCCAGGGAUACCAUAGAAGCAGGACACCCAGUUCCACGCCCAUCAAGACAUUCUACGGUCUACCACCUCCUUCCCCCACCCCCGCCCGCGACCACCCAUCCUCCCUGCUGACAAGGCCCGACCUGCGGGCAGUCACCUAUGAGUGGCUCUCCCUCACUGUGGAUGUCCCACCGCCUCGUUCCCUCUCGACCACGCCCAUGCCGCCCCCGCUCCCCAGUCACGACGCGUCGUCUUUGGACGAGCUCCUACCCGCCUCGCCCGAGUAUCCCUCCAGCGUUUUAGGUCCACUCGCACAUUCUCGUGGGCGAAGCUCGAUCGACCGAUUGCGCGCAACGAAUCCAAGCAAGUUGGCAAAAGCGGUGUCGGAGCCCAUGACGUCACAUAGCCGCAUUGAUGUCCAGCUCAGUGUCGCAGACCCUUACGACGACCUGUUGUCUGUUAUUCUGGAUGACCAGGACCGGUCACCGGUGUACUCUAUAAAUAAGGCCCAAUUUCGAAAAUCUCAGCCAGAAGCGAAACCCCGAGCAAUUGAAUCAGCAGAACAGAAACGUGUAACAGCACACAUCCUGAGCGAAUCCCUCGUUGAGUCUCAGAGGUCUCCGUCAACUAGAGGGAAGGCGUUUAUAGAGUUAUUCAUUCAGGAAGAAGAUGAGGUGGCUAGAGAGGAUGAGGAGAUUUUUACAGGGAGGCUCAGUAUACAGGUAGAACAUGUGUGAGCUUUCUUUUAAACAUCCCUGUUUCCACCAAGCAUUACAGUUUACUCCUUUGAGGUACGCUUUUUAAAAUGAUGUCUACUACUUUGCAUUACCAACCUUAGUGUUGGGGUACCUACUAGAGCUUGAGACCUACAGACCUGUGACUUUGUAAAAUAAUAUUACAAUACACUUUUGUGCCUCAUGGCAAUAACAUCCAUACGGAAACACGCUGUUAGGGUUUUAGAGAUCCUAUUACAGCGUUUUAAUGUCGCGUAAGUUUAUUCUUUUGUAGAAAAAAAGAUAGGUGCAACUUUUUCAUUCAAGUUAAAACUUUGAGUUUACUAAUAAUAGUUGUAAACUUAUUUUACACUUGCGAAAUUAACAAUAUUUUAAAAUGAGAUGUGAGGCACGUCUGCAAGAUGAACCACCUUCACAUUACACCUACUGUAUGUCAUUACAGUUUCAAAACAAUUUGUACUGCCAACUUCUUUUUGCACUUGCGCUACAUUGGUAAUAAAACAGACUAGUGAGCCACAUCUGCAACACAAAUCGUCCACUUUAAUUACUUAUUCACCAUUAAAGUUAAUACUUAUUUUUUAUUUAUUAUUAACUGUGGUUAACAUCACACAUGCAUUAAUGUUAAAAAAAAAAAGACCACACACACUCAAAGUCACAGAUUUUAGUUUAUAGUGUGGAAUGUGAGGACGGCAACCCCAUGUGGACAACAAUAAUAGCUGCACCUUACAUGCACAUUUUAUUGAUUAAUAAGGAAAAGUCCAGUUUUAUCAGAUGAAAUGAUGGGAUAAUCUCUAGGAUAAUGGAUUCUAAAAAUAUUGAAUUCCUGCAGCCCUAACCGUGAUGUGUGAGCCACAUUUACAAUGCCUAUUUCCUUCGCAGUACACCUUUGUCGUGAAAGUUACUUAAAAAAAAUAUUUAAUACCGAUGUGCGGGUAUCGGGGUAACUUUAAUACCCAAGGUUCACUGCUCACAACUGUUUGUGUUGAAAGCAAUUGAUGCUGUCCCAGCCUCCAGUCGCCAUAUUGGACCUGAAGUCUUUGUUUUUGUUUUUGCAACUUUACUCUGCCAAGGCUUGAGAGAUGAGUUUCAAACCGUACUGAACUGUACUGCCUUGUGGAAACACAGUUUGUCUUAAAAAGCUGGAGUACCUUGGAUGAGACAUGCAGGAAAAUAUUUCUAUAUAUAAUUUUACAUUUUAAUAACAAAUGUAGACAUAUAUGCAAACAGUGGCUUCAAACUAUAGUCGACUCGUCAUUUAUUUAAACAUUUUAAUGACAAGGUGGAAAUGUGUCAUUUUAACAUUUUUCAGAAGAAAAACUUGAUAAUCUCUUGACUUUUAACUUUUUUUUAAACGAACUUAACAUUUUAAGUUGUUACUCAGAAAUGUGUGUUGACCACUGUCAAAGUAGAGUACUCAAAUUGGUAGCCGUUAUGGGCGAAAAAUUGUUUUAAUACUCCUCAAAUAUUGACCAAGGGGUGUUUAUUUACUCAAUUGCAGAAAGUAUCAGGCGUGUGAGGUAAGGCAUCUGCAGAGGCCAUAUCGUCGAGACGGAUAUUUUAAAAAAUAGAUUAAUAAUAAUAAUGUUUAUUUAAAUCCUAAAUACAGUGAUCCCCCGUUUUUCGCGGUUAAUGGGGACCAGAACCCCCCGCGAAAGGUGAAAAACCACGAAGUAGGAUUUGCCCCCGCCCCUGAGGAAUUUUCGUGCAUGUGUAUGUGUGUACCAGAAUGUUUAAAAUAUGUAAACAGUAUUUAUACUUUACAUAUUUGAGACAAAGAUUACAACAGUACAUGUAUUUACUUAAAUCUUUAAUUAUAAAACCUUAUACAGUAAUUAACAUUCAUCAACAUUGCUUUCUGAGAGAGGCGAAGAGGCUUGCGUUGGUGGCGGGGGAGAGGCUCUCACUUUAGGUUUUAGGUUCACUGAGAGACUCUUCUGCUGGAGGCGCUGAUGGUGUAGCUGGGGUUUUACCUUGGAGAAAAACAUGGUGAUGGGUAGUUGUUGUCUUUGUUUUUUCUUUUGCUUGAUUCAUUCACGCCAUAAUGGCGUGCCACAGAUGCAUAACUUCUGCCCUCUUUGAUCAAAUCUAAAAGUUUCACUUUUUCGCUGAUAGUCAUCUUCUUCUUCUUCCUCUUGGGCGCCUCGGAGGAAGCUUUCGCAGGGGCACAGCGCUUAGGCGCCAUUGUAAGGGCUUAAAUAAUCAAAAAAAGUUUGAUUAGUAUACGAGACAGUCAACAGCGUGGACGAGAAAGGCGUGACACAACAAGGGAAGAUGCUGGGUGAGGCCGCGAUGAUGCGCAGCUCACGGGAUAAAUCCACUCUUGCUCUCAUUGGUCGAUGUGGCGCCGGGAGCCAAUCACGAGCCUUGUGUGAGUGCCCGUGGCAUGUACAGUACAGUACAGGCAUGUACAAAGCCUCUGAGUCAACUCAUCUCUUUGUUGGCAUGCAUGGAAACCUUCUCUCUCGUGCAUCAACAUGAAACAACGCGUCUUUCCGCAAUACAGCUGCUGAUAUGGCUGUAUUUUUUCUUUUUUUUUUUUGAUGAAUUUAUUUAUUUUAUUUUUUUGAUGAAUAUUUUGGAAAAGCACUGAAGCCGCAAAAUGUGAAGCGCGAAGUGGCGAGGGAACACUGUAUAUCAAUAAUGAUAUUAAAUAAUAAAAUAACUUUUUUUAUAUAUAAACAACAAUUGAGUUUGAAAAAAACCUAAGUAAUGAAGAUUUUUUUAAUGUUUAGUCUUUAAUAAUAAUAAUAAUAAUAAUAACAAUAAUAAUAAUAUAUUUUAAUAUUUGGACAAAUUCUCAUAAUAAUAAUAAGAAAUAAUGAUGCAUAUUAAGAAGGAUGUUUUGAGAACUGUGAAUCUUUAAUUAAAAAUAAUUAUAAAAUCUAAAUAUUGUAAUGAUUAGUAAGAAUUAUAAUAAAUAACGUUUUUUUUUUAAUUCUACAGAUUUCAAUAUUUUCCUCCCUGUCCUACUGAGGCUACUCAGUAAUUAUUUAAAUGCAGUUGAAGUUUUGUAUUCAGUGUUGUGUGUCAUUGCCCCCACUAGGCUGACGUCUGUCCCCCCACUCACUCACCUUCUCCUCCCACCGGCCACCCGUCAUCCUCCUCACCCCAACCCUUGAACUCUCCCCGGGCCUCUCCCUU